CGCCACAGCCGCUCUGAUGAGGUUCUCUGAAGGAGACAUGUCAGAUCAGCAACAUCCUGAGACCAGCGCCGUGCUGAGAGUUUCGCACCUGCCUCUGGUUCGUUCUGCUUUACAGUCGGUGACAUCAGUGUACUCAGAGGUCAAAGGGCGUUACCCUCUGUUGGGACUGAUGGGAGGAGUGGCUGAGGUCAGAGCUCGCAGCAUCUCCCAAGUGGCCAUGAGACGAGCCACGCCCCUUCUCCAGAGCCUGGAGCCUCAGAUUGAAGUUGCCAACAAUUUGGCCCUCGUUGGUCUUGACCGUCUGGAGAGGAACUUCCCCAUCCUGAACCAGUCAGCAGACGAGGUGAUGGGUCACCUGGUGGACGCCCUCUUCCUGACGCUGGACGACGUUCAUGUGCGGGUGGUGGGCGGUCUGGAUGGAGCUCUGGAUUGGUUGGAGCGUCUGGCUGAGGCGGCUCGGGCAGGGGCGCAGUGGCUGCAGGACUCUGAGGGGGGCCAGGCAGCCGCAUCUGUGCUGGGCCGUCUGGAGGACUCCACCGCCACCUACCUGCCCCUCCCACCCACAAUGCGUCAGGAGUGGGAGGUGAGGGUGCAGGGGUAUGAGGAGGAGGAUGAGGGUGACGAGCCCAGUGUGCGGACGAGGGCCCGCCGCCUCCUGCUGAGUCUCGGCCUGCAGCUUUAUCACCGUCUGGUGAAGGUCAGAGAGCAGCUGCGGAGCGCCGCCAUGAGGCUGCCAGACACCGCAGAUAAGUUGGGUCUGCGCCGGGUCCUGGAGCUGGUGGGGGGCCUGCUGCAGUACCUGCGCAGCCUUCUGGUGGCACUGCUGUGCCAGGCCCAGAGUCUCAGAGAGCUGACCCUGAACCGGGUCAGAGGGCAGGCCGUCAUGUUGGCAGAGCUGAGUCCAGUCCGUCAGGUCCGAGAGCUGCCGGUCCAGAUCCAACAGUUGCUCCAAGGCCUGCAGGAACUGUCCAAGAUCCUCCUGCAGCUGCUGAUCAAUGCCACACCGCUCUACAGCCUGCUGCAGCAGCCGUCAGAGCAGGAGGUGGAGGAAUUCCUGAACCAGGAGAACAUCAAGUCCAACAGCUCGUCUCAUCGCAUCUUGGCUGACAGUCUGUCUUGUCCUCGGCGUCUCAGCUCCCAAGAUGCCCAAGGCUCCGGGGGCCUUUGGGGCCCUGACUGCCGCUCUAGCCUGAAGGAGCCCCUGGCCCCAGAGACUGAAGGCUCACCCGUCCCUUCUAAUGAUGGUGUGCAGCAUCAGUCCUUGGCCACUGAGGUGCUGCUCAUGUCACUCAAACAGUUUGUUGCUCAGAGUCAGGCGGCCUUUGAAUAUAUGAACCCCGAAACGACUGAUCCCACGGCCGACUAUUGAACGCCACACUGAGGGUUGACCUAGCCCUCAUCCACCACCUGUCCCUACCACCUCCCCAUGACCAAUCACAGGCUCCUGUCAUGGCCACAGGUGGUCAGACAUCUCUGCCUGAGCUGGUGUUGGUGUAUAUACAGUACAUGUGGUGACAGAAGCAAUAGAAGAUUAAUGUAGAUCAGUGAGAAUUUGUAGGUUUCAACAGUGAGUAGAGGCAGGAAAUGCUGUUAAUAUAGACAUUGGCCAACCUUAUCCUUGAAGUUACAGUGACACAAGUUAAAACAUGUUGGUCCCUUCAAGUACUGGUUUUAUUAAGAGUCAGGUUUCAUCUCUGAGCUCCAGUGUUUUCAG